GGCUGCGCUGUCGAUAAAGUUUUUUCAAACAGCUCGGCGCAGCAGCAAUGGCGGCUCCCAUGACCUGGAGGAGGCUGGUGCAUUCGGUGUACUCCCCGGCCAUCGCCGGCGUUUUCAGCCGGAUAUCCGACCGUCUGUGCCGCGCUCAGGACAGAAGGAGAGGGUCAGCCGUGCUGCUGCUGGCUCCACUGCUCGCUGAAACCGAGCCGGCUCCUCGCCGCGUUUCCAGACCCACCGGGUCGGCCGGAGCUCAGGGCUCAGAUGGCGCCUGCACCCACUUCCAGUGGAUGGCGGAGCAAGUACCCGCCUUCCGGGUGCCGGGGGCCCACAUCAAGAUCCUGACGUCACCAGACCAAUUUUACCAGGCAAUGAAGGCCCGCAUCCGAACUGCACGGAGGCGAGUGGUGAUGGCUUCCUUGUAUCUGGGAACAGGACAGCUGGAGCAGGAACUGGUGGACUGCAUGGAGGAAGCUCUCCAACAUUCAAAGGAAGACGGUCGUUCUGCUGACCUCAAAGUCUCCAUACUGCUGGAUUACACGCGUGGAUCACGAGGUCAGGUCAACUCCCGGACCAUGUUGCUGCCUCUGCUGCAGCGCUUCGGCCCUCAGAUGCGAGUGUCUUUGUACCACACUCCGGACCUCAGGGGCCUGCUGCGACUUCUGGUGCCGGAUCGCUUCAACGAGACCAUCGGGGUCCAGCACAUCAAGGUCUACCUGUUUGACGACAGCGUUAUCAUCAGCGGGGCCAACCUGAGUGACUGGUACUUCACCAACAGGCAGGACCGCUACAUGCUGCUGGAGAACUGCAGGGAGGUGGCGGACUUCUUCUCCGACCUGGUGGAGGCCGUGGGCGACGUCUCCCUGCAGCUCCAGCCAGACGACUCGGUCUCCAUGCUGGAGGGCAUGGUGCACCCCUACAAAGGCAAUCGGCAGGCGUUCUCGGCGGUGGCGAGGAAGCGCAUCAUGGAGGUGGUGAGCGCGGCCCGCACCAGGCAGCAGCUGCUGCAGCACCGCUCCAAGGAGGAGGAGGAGGAGGAGGAGGGCCCGAGCGAGGGCGACACCUGGGUGUUCCCGCUGGUCCAGAUGAAACCUCUGGGCAUCCAGGUGGACGAGCAGGUCACACGGCGCCUGCUGACAGACGCCGGGCCGGACUCCACUGUGUAUCUAACAUCGGGUUACUUCAACCUGACCCGGGCUUACAUGGCGCUGGUGCUCGGCACCGGAGCCAGCUACCGCAUCCUGACCGCCUCCCCCGAGGUCAACGGGUUCUUCGGGGCCAAAGGCGUCGCCGGAGCCAUUCCUGCAGCUUACAUCCACAUCGCCAGGCAGUUUUACAACCGGGUGUGCCAGCUGGGCCAGCAGGACAGGGUGCAUCUGCACGAGUACCACCGGCCCCAGUGGACGUUUCACGCCAAAGGUCUGUGGUAUUACCUCCGGGGGCAGGACAGGCCUUGCCUCACGCUGAUCGGCUCCCCUAACUUCGGGUACCGCUCGGUUCACCGCGACCUGGAGGCCCAGAUCGCCAUAGUGACGGAGAACGAGGCGCUUCAGGGCCAGCUGCAGGAGGAGCAGGAGAUGUUGUACCGGCGCUCCUCUGAGGUGUCCGACUCCACGUUUGAGCAGCCCGACCGCUACGUCAAGCUGUGGGUCAAGCUGGUCACCCCCCUCAUCAAGAACUUCUUCUGAGAUCCAACAGGAGGUUCUUGUUUGGUUCGGACUCGAAGGUUUUGAGACGAGGUCGGCCCCGGUCCUGCUGAGGAGACGCUCUGAAACACUACAAGGACCAUCGGCACGCUGAGCAUCGACGUCGCCUCAUCGACGUCACCAGACCCGCGCACAGAGGUUGAACCUGAGGGGGGAAAACCUUUCUCGGCUCUUCACUCCGCUUCCAUUUUUAUAUUUCCACCCGACGUCACAAAGACUCUGGAUUUCUGCAUUUGUACCAACAUUUCCAGCAGAGAAAGCUACUGAUUAUCUCCCCCUUUACCUCCACAAAGCGCUGCAUGCAUGUUGCAGCCGAACAAAGAGCCGUAAUGAAGGCUGUGGCGGUAAGCGGGCGGGCGUGGCGAAGCGCUGCCGUCCCCGGAGGAGCCUUAAUAACAGCUCUCACGGUUUGUUUACAGCUCUGCCCAGAGACGCGCGCUCAGUCAUGGCGUCUGCGUUAUGUUAAAUUAAAGGAUCUGCUGAGAUUUUUAAAAGUGGCUCGACACGUUUGUCUCCUUUUUUGUCUGGAGCAGAAUCGAAUCUAAAGCUGUAUGUGUGAAGAGUAAUUUAAGUUAUAAAGAUCAAUGUUUACUGGAUCAAAUUACCAAAAAAAAGUCAGGAGAAAACUGUUCGUCUGGUGGCUUUUAUUUCUCCGCCCAGGUACUAGAAACUCCAAAUCCCAGAAACGCAGCGGCUGAUAUUUUUACAGCUAUCCGCUUCAGUUGCAGCAGAUUAAAACAUUCAUCCUCCACGGAAAGAAGAUUUUGCUGCUGUUCUGACGUUUGAUUCCCAACGAGCUCACUUAGCGCCAGCACUGUGCCUUAAGCGGGAAACUUUAACGACCACCAAGUCGUCGGGGAAUUCGCUGCUUUUGCAGUUAACGCGAUUCAAGCAGAAAUGUUUAAAAAAAAAAAA